AUGUACUUCUUCCUGCUCAACCUCUCUGUCAUUGACCUGGGCUCCAUCUCCACCAUUGUCCCCAAAUCCAUGGCCAAUUCCCUCUGGAACACCAGGGCCAUCUCCUACACAGGAUGUGCUGCCCAAGUGUUUCUGUUUCUCUUUUUAGCUUCAGCAGAAUACUGGCUCCUCACUAUCAUGUCGUACGACCGCUACGUUGCCAUCUGCAAACCCCUGCACUACGGGACCCUCCUGGGCAGCAGAGCUUGUGUCCACAUGGCAGCAGCUGCCUGGGCCACUGGGUUUCUCUAUUCUCUGCUGCACACGGCCAAUACAUUUUCACUGCCCCUGUGCAAGGGCAAUGCCCUGGGCCAGUUCUUCUGUGAAAUCCCCCAGAUCCUCAAGCUCUCCUGCUUACACUCCUACCUCAGGGAACUUGGGCUUCUUGUGGUCAGUGCCUGUUUAGGUUUUACGUGUUUUGUGUUCAUUGUGGUGUCCUAUGUGCAGAUCUUCAGGGCCGUGCUGAGGAUCCCCUCUGAGCAGGGACGGCACAAAGCCUUUUCCACCUGCCUCCCUCACCUGGCCGUGGUCUCCCUGUUCCUCAGCACUGUCAUGUUUGCCUACCUGAAGCCCCCCUCUAUAUCUUCUCCUUCCCUGGACCUGGUGGUGUCUGUUCUGUACUCGGUGGUGGCUCCACCACUGGCUGUUUAA